GAAGAAGAAGAAGAAGAAGAAGAAGAAGCAAUGACCCUGCCGGAAAAAGGGCCAAACCCGCAGGUCACUGUUGAGGAUGUCAAGAACAAAUGCGGGGAAAAGAGCUUCAAUUGGCACAAUGUACACAAACCUCUAGCCAUUGACUACGAGCAUGCGUAUCCGAAAGAGUGGCCAACAGAGAUUCAGCGACCCUUUGGAAUGGCUUUUGACUGGGCACGUAAGCAUGCCGAACGCAAGCAUGCCAAUCUUUCUGUGGAGCAGAAAAGAGACCUCAUCUCUAGCCUUGAUGGCUACUGCAUUCAGAAUGACUUCGAUACUAUUGUAUCUAGACUUCCCCGAGAAUCGCAAAAUGAUUGUCUAACACACUUAGUUUAUCUUUUGCUUGUCAAAGAAUGCAUUUCCAGGUUCUUCACGAAUCCCUUCUGGUACCUUGUUCCGAACCCUAGGCCUGUGAACGAUGGGGAUGAUAAAGGGGAUUUGGCAGCAAACGCAUCCGAAUUUGGAGCACAGAUAUUGGAGCUUUUUGAGAGAAUGCGUGAAUCUGAACCAGCGGCUGCCCAGCUUUGGCGCUUAUGGACUACUCGUUUCUCCCACCCAGAUCAUAAGCUCGGAUAUGACAUGGUCGCUCAUCGAGACUCCGUGGCUGACAAAAUAUGCGAGGAAAUCUUGGGCCAAGAGCUAGUGAAAUCUCUCCUCAGAAGUACGGAUAAAUGUGAUCUGGAUAGAGCCUUCCUUGACAUGCAGAAGGUCUUCAGGUCAGCCGCUGAACUUUCGGUGAAAAUUUCGUGCAACCUUGAGCGUCUGGAGUUUAAGACUCUCAAUACUUUGGACCAUGCCUUUCAUCACCCUUCGGCGGAGAUAGAAUUGGCCGAGGAUUAUGGAGGGGCUGAGAAGGAACAUUAUUUUGAUGACCGCCAAAUUCUCUUCUUGGAGUUUCCCGCCAUGUAUCGUUGCGGAGAUCUUAAGGAUCCCUUUUAUAAGGGUAUCCUUCAUAAAGCGGUUGUCUAUGUUGAGGAUGUAGAUUAACGUUUGCUCAGCCACUGGGACAUGCUGCUUUUUAAACCAGUCCUGUGGCAGUUGUCUGUUGAGUCUUUUUAGUUUUUAUUUCUCUUAUGUUUUUAUUUUAAAUUUUUUUC